GGCUUCAUCCCACUUAGCCCACAACAUCCCUCCUUCCAUCACACCCACACACCCACAGCCCACUACUCACACCCCCCCGGUGUGCAUUAUCGCUUGGACUCUACGAACCCUUUAAAAGAUCCAGUGAUCCUCUGCACUUCUUCUACUCUCUCCUCAUCACACUACCCCACUCAACCCCCAUCACCCCCGAUACCAAUCCCACUCACCUUCAAAAGCAUCCCUCUCGGCUCCCUUCUUCUUUGCCUUUUUUCCCUUUACAUAACUCCCAGAAAAGAUCAUCAUGGCCGGCUCCACUGUUGUCUCCAACACUGCGGCGUUGUCGAAGUACUUGGACCUGCCCCAGCACGGUGCUGUCCAGGCCGAAUACAUCUGGAUCGAUGGAUCCAACGGACUCCGGAGUAAAACCAAGACCCUCAACAAGAAGCCCGCUUCGAUCGACGAGCUCCCCGAGUGGAACUUCGACGGCUCCUCGACCGCCCAGGCUCCCGGUGAGGACUCCGACGUCUACCUCCGCCCCGUCGCCAUCUUCCCUGAUCCUUUCCGCCGUGGCGACAACAUCCUCGUCCUCUCCGAGUGCUGGAACGCCGAUGGCACCCCCAACAAGUUCAACUACCGCCACGAGUGCUCCAAGCUCAUGGAGGCCCACAAGGACCUGAUUCCCUGGUUCGGUCUCGAGCAGGAGUACACUCUGUUCGAUGAGUUUGGUGCUCCCUACGGAUGGCCCAAGGGUGGUUUCCCCGGCCCCCAGGGUCCCUACUACUGUGGUGUCGGAACUGGCAAGGUUUACUGCCGUGAUAUCGUCGAGGCUCACUACCGCGCCUGCAUGUACGCCGGCGUGACCAUCUCCGGAAUUAACGCUGAGGUCCUUCCUUCCCAGUGGGAGUUCCAGGUCGGCCCUUGUGUCGGUAUCGACAUGGGUGACCAUCUCUGGAUCGCUCGCUACCUCCUCCACAGAGUAGCCGAGGACUUCGGUGUCAAGAUCUCCUUCCACCCCAAGCCCAUCCCCGGUGACUGGAACGGUUCCGGACUCCACACCAACUUCUCGACCGAGGCCAUGCGCACGGACGGUGGUAUGAAGGUGAUCCACGACGCUAUCGCCAAGCUCGAGAAGCGCCACAAGGAGCACAUCGCCGUCUACGGAGACGACAACGCUCUCCGUCUGACCGGAAAGCACGAGACCGGAAACAUCGAGGCCUUCUCCUUCGGUGUUGCGGACCGUGGUUCCUCGAUCAGAAUCCCCCGGUCGUGCGCCAAGGAGGGUUACGGAUACUUCGAGGACCGCCGACCCGCCUCCAACGCCUGCCCGUAUCAGAUCACCGCCAUCAUGGUUGAGACUUGCUGCGGUGCUAUCUAAUCGGUUUCUGUUACUAUCAGCUCGGGGUUCAUGUUUUUUUUUUCUUUCUGUCCUUUUUAAAUUUCCAUUCUGUUUUUUUUCUUCACUUUUUUCCUUUUGGGUCUGCUUUGCUAUGGGAUGGGUACAAGAAAGAUGAGGGGAAGUGCGUGUUGUAAGUCCUUGAGAUUCGUUGCAAGGCACAGGUGUAUUCGGGGUUGGAUUGGGAAUUGGGAAUUGGCGCAGUGUGGGGUUAGAUCUCGUUUCGGGUUCUAGGCCAGUUGUGCAACUGCUUGUGUUUUAGAUAGAAUUCAGAGAUAUCUAUGGGGAUAUCUUUUUUCCACAUUUGACCCUUCCUUCCUUCGAGAACAAGCUUCGGUGCAGAAAGGGAAGCAAAAGCAAAAAGAAGGCA